AUGGUUGUUGUUGGACGGUGGUUGUUGUUGGAUGGUGGUUGUUGGACGGUGGUUGUUGUUGGAUGGUUGUUGUUGGAUGGUGGUUGUUGUUGGAUGGUGGUUGUUGUUGGACGGUGGUUGUUGGACGGUGGUUGUUGGACGGUGGUUGUUGUUGGAUGGUUGUUGUUGGACGAUGGUUGUUGUUGGAUGGUGGUUGUUGUUGGACGGUGGUUGUUGGAGGGUGGUUGUUGUUGGAUGGUGGUUGUUGGAUGGUGGUUGUUGUUGGAUGGUUGUUGUUGGAGGGUGGUUGUUGUUGGAUGGUUGUUGUUGGACGAUGGUUGUUGUUGGACGGUGGUUGUUGUUGGAUGGUGGUUGUUGAUGGAUGGUUGUUGUUGUUGGAUGGUGGUUGUUGUUGGACGGUGGUUGUUGGACGGUUGUUGUUGGACGGUUGUUGUUGGAUGGUUGUUGUUGGAUGGUUGUCGUUGGAUGGUGGUUGUUGGACGGUGGUUGUUGUUGGAUGGUGGUUGUUGUUGGAUGGUGGUUGUUGUUGGAUGGUUGUUGUUGGAUGGUUGUCGUUGGAUGGUGGUUGUUGGACGGUGGUUGUUGUUGGAUGGUGGUUGUUGUUGGAUGGUGGUUGUUGUUGGACGGUGGUUGUUGGACGGUGGUUGUUGUUGGAUGGUGGUUGUUGUUGGACGGUGGUUGUUGGACGGUGGUUGUUGUUGGAUGGUGGUUGUUGGACAGUGGUUGGUUUUGGACGAUGGUUGUUGUUGGACGGUGGUUGUUGUUGGACGGUGGUUGUUGUUGGACGGUGGUUGUUGUUGGACGGUGGUUGUUGUGGACGGUGGUUGUUGUUGGAUGGUGGUUGUUGGACGGUGGUUGUUGUUGGAUGGUUGUUGGAUGGUUGUUGUUGGAUGGUUGUUGUUGGACGGUGGUUGGUGUUGGACGAUGGUUGUUGUUGGACGGUGGUUGUUGUUGGACGGUGGUUGUUGUUGGAUGGUGGUUAUUGGACGGUGGUUGUUGUUGGAUGGUGGUUAUUGGACGGUGGUUGUUUUUGGGCGGUGGUUGUUGUUGGACGAUGGUUGUUGUUGGACGAUGGUUGUUGUUGGACGAUGGUUGUUGUUGGACGGUGGUUGUUGUUGGACGUUGGUUGUUGUUGGAUGGUUGUUGUUGGAUGGUUGUUGUUGGACGGUGGUUGUUGUUGGAUGGUGGUUGUUGUUGGACGGUGGUUGUUGGACGGUGGUUGUUGUUGGACGUGGUUGUUGUUGGACGGUGGUUGUUGUUGGACGAUGGUUGUUGUUGGACGGUGGUUGUUGUUGGACGGUGGUUGUUGUUGGAUGGUUGUUGUUGGACGAUGGUUGUUGUUGGACGAUGGUUGUUGUUGGACGGUGGUUGUUAUUGGACGGUGGUUGUUAUUGGACGGUGGUUGUUAUUGGACGGUGGUUGUUGUUGGAUGGUGGUUGUUGUUGGACGGUGGCUGGUGUUGGACGAUGGUUGUUGUUGGACGGUGGUUGUUGUUGGAUGGUUGUUGUUGGAUGGUGGUUGUUGUUGGGUGGUUGUUGUUGGAUGGUUGUUGUUGGACGAUGGUUGUUGUUGGACGGUGGUUGUUGUUGGAUGGUGGUUGUUGAUGGAUGGUUGUUGUUGUUGGAUGGUGGUUGUUGUUGGACGGUGGUUGUUGGACGGUUGUUGUUGGACGGUUGUUGUUGGAUGGUUGUUGUUGGAUGGUUGUCGUUGGAUGGUGGUUGUUGGACGGUGGUUGUUGGACGGUGGUUGUUGUUGGAUGGUGGUUGUUGGAGGGUGGUUGUUGUUGGAUGGUUGUUGUUGGAUGGUUGUUGUUGGACGAUGGUUGUUGUUGGACGGUGGUCGUUGUUGUUGGGUGUUUGUUGA